AUGCCUCGCGAGAUUAUAACGGUCCAGGUGGGGCAAUGUGGGAAUCAGCUCGGGAUGCGUUGGUGGGAUGUAAUGCUGCAGGAGCACAAAGCCAACCCUCUCUACCCCGACGCUAGAGAUUCCCUCUUUCACGCGAGUGAGCUCCCGAAUCAAAGUUCUAAUCUAAAGGCGCGCUGCGUGGCGAUUGAUAUGGAGGAAUCCGUUUUGGCAGCAAUGCUGCGCGGCCCGCUGCGGGGGAUGUUCGACAGCAAUUUUUUCGUCUCGGAUGUGAGUGGGGCAGGUAAUAACUGGGCGGUAGGACAUAUGGAGUACGGUGAUAAAUACCUUGACGCCAUUACAGAGUCCAUUCGUGCGCAGGUGGAGGCCUGCGAUUGCCUUCAAUGCUUUUUGGUAAUGCACUCGAUGAGCGGGGGGACGGGAUCGGGGCUUGGAACGCGGGUCCUGGGGAUGCUCGACGAGGAGUUCCCGGGGAUUUACCGGAUAUGUCCCGUCGUUUUUCCUUCCCGCGUGGAUGAUGUGGUGACCGCGCCCUACAACAGCUGCUUCGCGCUAAAGGAGCUUCUGGAGCAUGCGGAUUGUGUGCUGCCUUUGGACAACGAUGCCCUCGCUCGAAUGGCCGAUCGCGCGUUGGGGAUGGCCGCCGGCAAAGGAAACGCCCUUGCGGGGGUUCCGCAGCUCCGCUCCUUCACCGCUGCGCAGCCCACCCAAACCAAGGGCCUUCCUUACGACUCCAUGAAUGCGCUCGUCGCACAGUUGUUGAGCAAUCUCACUUGCGCGAUGCGCUUUCCAGGGCCGCUAAACAUGGACAUCAACGAGAUCACGACGAAUCUUGUCCCCUAUGCGCGGUUGCAUUUGUUAACAGCGGGUAUCGCGCCACUGUGGGUUGGAAAGCACUCCACGAUAGGGGGAUCGCGCGGGGUUGAUGCGAUGAUGUCAUCUUGCUUUUCACGUGAGCACCUUUUCGUGGAGGUUGGGGAUCUUCAUCGGACUACCGCACUUUCUACAGCACUCAUCGCGCGCGGUCCGCAGAUCACCGUCGGUGAUCUCAACCGCAACGUCGGACGGCUCCGCAAGCGGCUUGCGAUGCCAUAUUGGAAUCAAGAUGGUUUUAAAACUGCGCUCUGCGGAGUGAGCCCACUUGGGCAUCGAGAUUCAAUGCUCACUCUCACGAACAGUUGCGCGAUCACGGGAAAAGUGCAGGAGGUUUACGAUAAGUUCAUGCGAUUGUACUCCGCGCGCUCGCACGUUCACCACUACGAGCGUUAUCUUGCGCUGGAGUACUUUGAUUCCACCGCGGAGGAGAUACGGUCAAUGUUGGAUGACUACGAGUACUUGGCGACCGCGCAGAGGCCCGCUACGGCGCCGCGUUGCAUGAAGGAUUUGGUGAUUUACUGA